UUCCGCCGACACAACUCGUGACAGUUUGUUUUUGCUGCCAGGAGAACCGCUGCAGGAAAGUGGCUACAAGAAUGGCGUUGCCCUGUUGCGGGGCCGAGCUGUCCCUGUCAGAGGUGUAAACAUGUCUUUUCCGUGAUUCUGUCGUCGAAGCGGCCAAGCAGGAACAGCCAUGUUUAGAGUUCAAGGUUUCGUUGGAAGAGUGUUACAUCGAUAUCUUGGCAACAACACUUUGCGAUUAUCCCAGAACCACCAUGUGGAAGACGAGGUCAUCACCGGCUCUGCUGCGCUCUCCUCCUCCCGACAACCCUCUGACAGCAGUUCUCAUAGGGAGGAGGAUGGAGAGAGGAGGAGGAAACAGAGGACCUUCCAGUUUGCUUAUGCUGAAGAGCUUCCCCGUUACUCUGCCCUGGAUGCUGUGGGAUGGGGUGCGGUGGCAGUUCUGUUCAUGCAGAUUUGCAAGAGGAUCCACUCCAGAUUCUCCUCUUCCACUGAGCCCAGUCCCAGUCCUGGAACCCUGACAGCACCAUCAGCUCUGCAGAAGUGUGGCUACCGCAGUCUGCUGGAGAUUUUGUCUCGACGCGAUGUCCUGCCCAGAGGAAGGAGUGUGUUGUGUAUGCAGCGAGUGCCAGACAAACAGAAUGGAGAUCAGUCCUCAGAUCAGAGCAGCAGCAGCACAAACGAUCUUUCCAGCGGCAACGAGCAGCACCAUCUGUCUUCAGACUGCUCCAUUUCUGACCACCGGGGAGAGCCGCUGAUCCAGGACUCACUUCAGAGGGAGGACUCUGUGGACCCAUUCUGCCCUCUACAGGAAGGCACCGGCCAAGUCAACACAGAAAAGAACCAAGAGAACUUGCCUUCAAAUGAAAAGAGGCUGGCAGAAGCAGCGAUUAACCUCAGACAAGUGGGAGACACCAGUGUUUCGGUUAUCCUCAACAUCAUGGGUCUAGAAAAUGCAAAGUGUGGGAACUAUGUGGAAGCAUUCACAUGCUUUCGAGCUGCAGCUCAGCACGGCUACAGUAAAGCACAGUUUAACACGGGCGUGUGCUACGAGAAAGGCAGAGGAGUCUGCAAGGACGAGGAGAAGGCUCUUUAUUAUUACAGACAGGCUGCAGCCAGCGGCCACAGACAGGCUCAAUAUCGCUAUGCAAAGCUGCUCCUGACCAGCAGGGGGCACCAGAGUAGGCAGGAGCUGGAAACCAUCAUUCACUUGCUGGAAGAAUCUUCCUCGGCAGGGCUCACUAAGGCUCAGAUCUGCCUAGCCUCGGUCUACUCUCGCGAUCCAGCGAGGCAUGGGUGUAGGUCGGUCCAUUGUCUGAAGAUGGCAGCAGAACUCGGCGAUCACACUGCCAUGCUGCUGUUGGGUCAGUGCUAUGAGAGCGGCUUUGGGGUUCGGCAGAACUUGAAAAUAGCUGUUGAAUUCUACAAACAAGCCGCUCAAGCGGGCAACAAGCGAGCAAAGAGCUUACUGACGCCCACAAAUGAAGCAUAUAGGAAAGAAGAUGCCGUGAUGCGCUCCAUCCGUUCGGCACCGUGCUUCCCUGUGACAGAAAGAGGCCUUCAGCAGCCACAGCACACGCUGGCCUGUCAUCGCCCCGCUACUCUGCCUCUCCUGCCACACUCAUGGAGCACCGGGAGCCUGUGCUCCCCGCCAGCAUUCUCUGCCUUACCUCUGCACCUCCAUCCAACAGGCUCACAGGCAGGAGCCUGCCAGUGGACUGUAGGGAUUGGAUAAAAGGCAAAAGCUAGCACAAGCCAAACUGAGGAACGAUUCUCAAAGUAUGAAUGUAGUUUUGCCAAAGGAAGAAGUCAGCGUGUUAAUUGUGUACAGACCAGGAAGGCUGGAUCAGCGUUCAAAGCUUUUAUUAUCGGUCAGUAAUAUUUUGUUGUCAGAUUUACAAUUUUUUCUAUCAGUGAAAAUGUUUGGGUAUGAUAUAUGAGGGUAAAGGUUUGGCAGAAUUCUGUGUAGAAUCAAAGAUAAAGCUUUGAAAAUGUCGGAACACAUUUUUUAAUAAAAAAUAUCAAGGUGCCUUUGUUUGGGCUUUUUGGCCUUCAUAUAAUUGAUUUACUCUUAUAAACAGUCUGUUACAUUAGUGUCAACGUUGAAAUGUAAUUGUGUUUUAUUCUGAAAUGGUAUUUCUCUAAUUUGAAUAACAAUUACUUUAUCAUUCAACCUGUUAACCACAUACCAAUGUUAUCAUGCACUGUUAGGAGGAUGUUGGACUACUGAGAGCACUUUUUAGAAUAAAACACUUCCAAACCAAGCGGCCCACUUUGUCAUUCAUUAGAAAUUGAAAAAAAUAGAAUUUUUUUUUUUUUCUAAUGGAUUGUGUGUAUUA